AUGCGCCGUCUUGCCUUGCGCGCAUGUACUGCAUCAACGGCGUGGAUGCGGCCUGCGAGCUGUAGGUACCAUAGUGAUGGUCCUCUGGUGGUUGGCGGCAAUGCGGCGGGUGUGGUGCGUGACGGAGAGGCCGUGAAGAUGACGCUAAGUGACUUCGUUGGCGGGUUUGAUGAUGGCAGACGGUGCAGAGCCUCAGCGGGCAGCGUGCUGUCCUUCCUUGAUAGAUGCGGAGGUUGCACUGCCGUGUCUUUCAUCGUUGGCUACAAGGCCGGGGAACGCACGUUCUUGAGCGCAAUGUCUGGCUUAACGGUUUCUACCAUCGCGUUCAAUGCUUUUAUGUUCCGCCGGCCCGUGUACACGGGUGACCUUUUGGUCGUGGAGGGCCGCGUCGUCCACGUCGGCAGCAGCUCAUUGGGUGUGCACCUCGAUGUGGCGCGGCAGGGCUACGACUGCACAACGCCCCUCAACGUUGGGGAGUGCUACCUGACGAUGGUGUGCGUGUCACUGGAGCGGCUCGGCAAGCCGGUGAAAGGUAUACUGCCUGCGCUGCAGCUCACAUCACCGGUGGACAAGGAGCGAAACCAAACGUACUGCAUGCUGCGGGAUAUCCAAAAGGCGUCGGUGGUACGGUCGUUGAAUGGGGGAGAUGAGCUAACUGAGUUGAUUGAGGAGGACGUGAAUAAUAACAAGGCGAUAAAGGUGCCUAUUUCAGAUACGACGACGCAUGGAAAUAGGACUUACACCGUCGGUGAUCUCAACAACAACAGCUCUAUCUUUGGUGGUCGCAUUCUCUGUUUGAUGGAGGAGCACGCACGCCACUGCGGCCGCGUGUUUACUGGCUGCCCACACGUCCACACCAUCGGCAUGCAUGACAUGAUCUUUGACCGCCCACUCUACCCAUCGGAUUUCACAACACUCGAAGCCAAGGUGGUGUAUGUACGUAAUACGACAAUGGAAGUGGAUGUUGAUAUGCGGGUUGAGCGCGAUGGCGAGUUUGUCACAUCGAAUCGCGCCUCCUUUGUGCUCAUCUGCAUGGAUGAGGCGGGGAAUAAGAUUCUCAUACCAAAGGGGCUCGAUUUGUUGAAGAGCUCACCAAAUGAUACGGAGUUGUACGCCAAAGCGAGGCGGCGCUACAUGUACAGUUUGGACGCCAAGAAGAAGAAACGUCUGUAA